AUGCCCAGCCCCGCCCUUCCUGGUGUGUUUUUUUGCUUCGCAGCUAUGGUCCUGCUGAUCUUCGUGUCGGUAUCGUCGCCUACGUGGCAAUCGGUAUCAUUUCUGCACGUUGGUUCAGGCAGCAGUACCGUUCGUUACGGUGUCUUUGGCUUCACAGGACACAGUCCUUCUGUCGGUUACCGCUUCCAGAACAACCCCCGUCUUCAAUCCAGCAUUAUCCACAGUCUCACCAGGACCUUGAUCCUUCAUCCACUCGCUGCCGGCAUCACAGGUUUCGCAUUUUUUGCUGGACUUUUUGGUCUCGCUUUCCAUCGCGUGGGAACCAUUAUCAUGGCUCUCCUCUCUGGCCUUGCGUUCCUUGUCAUCUUCGUCGCUUGGGUUAUUGACAUGAUUUUGUUCGGAAUCGCGCGUCAACGCUAUCGCAAUCAGGGCGAUCGUGCACAGUAUGGGAAUGCCAACUGGCUAACUCUCGGCGCUCUCGUCGCGCUUGUGUUUGGGUUCUGCCUCUCAGCUUUCGGCGCUUUGGGCAGCUACAAGAGAAGGACCAGGUCAACUUAUUGA